ACUCAGCGCACGCGAAUCCACUGUGUCUUACUUGGAGGGUGAUUUAUGACGGAGCUUCGCCGCAAAAUAUUUUUCGCGCAGCGGCAACAGCCACUGAAGCCGCAAGCUCCAGGCAGGCCGCUGGCAGAGGCCAACGAGGGCGCUCGAGCGUGGCGAGCACCCAAGGAAGGCGAUGCCCAGCUCACCAGGCAAGUGAUGAGAAAUGCAGGGGACUGGAGGGGAGAGACUCGGUCACGCCAAGCAGUGAUCCGGAACAGGAGUACAGGACGAAGUUCCUCCAAACCAAGGCAAGUGAUCCUGAGAAGUUCGGAUGGAGCUGGUGAGUGGAGGGAGCCCCGUUCUCGCCAAGCGCGGGCGCGGAACAGGAGUGCAGGUCGCAGCUCCUCCAAGCCUCGAAGCACCUCCAAACCAAGGUGGAUAAAGAAGGAGACCUCCUGCGAAAACUCGAAGGAGCCAGAGGCCAUUGCCGCAAACGGAGAACUCAUUAGACUUCAAGCACACUGUCAGGCUGAGUGCGCAGACAGAGAGGCACCCUCCGACAAGCAGUCUCCCAAGGAGGAAAACCAUCCAGUUGACCCCACACUGAAGGACAAGGUGAACCCAUCAAUCCAAGAAGAAGAUCCUGAAGAGAGACCAAGGCGAGAUGAAAACAGCGACAAUCUGAAGGUGGUUGACACCUCAACGGGGCCACAGCAGUUUGACAUUGCCGCUGCCGACACAGACGACGAAGAAGCUGAAUUCUUCCCGUAGUGAGUCGAUAAAUGUUUGCAGUUUGAAGCAAUGAUGUCAAUCAGUAAAUGGUGUAUUUGCUACGUUGAAUGUAUAUAAAGUUGUAGAUAGGCAAGAAUAGUUCGA